GGGGAGGGAGCGGCCAGCGGGCGGCGGGCACGGGCGGCACGAGCAGGUGGGAGCCGCCGAGGGGCGAGGCCGCCCGCGGGGGCGCCAGGCGGCGGGGACUGCGCCGCGCCCCUGUCCGCGGUGCGCGCUCGCGGUGCGCACCGGGCGUCCUCGACUCUCGCGCGCCCAGCCUGCUCGGGCCCUACCUGCGGCGGCCGUCGGGGGCGCGGAGCCCCCAGCGCUGCCGAGCCGCAUGAACAAUAGGCGGCGGCGGCACCCGCGGGCGGCCGCCCCGCACCCUAUGGACCAGCCGCUCCAUGGAGUCCUCCAGAUCGCUUCUCGGCUGCCUGGCGAGCGCCACUGCCGCCCCGCCGGGGGACGAUGCCACGGGCGCUGGGGCCGAAGAGGAGGAGGACGAGGAGGAGGCGGCGGCCGAGCUGGGAUCUCACGCCGCGCUGCCCUACUGGACGGCUGUGUUCGAGUACGAGGCGGCGGGCGAGGACGAGCUGACCCUGCGGCUGGGCGAUGUGGUAGAGGUGCUGUCCAAGGACUCGCAGGUGUCCGGCGAUGAGGGCUGGUGGACCGGACAGUUGAACCAGCGGGUGGGCAUCUUCCCCAGCAACUACGUGACCCCGCGCAGCGCCUUCUCCAGCCGCUGCCAGCCGGGCGCCGAGGACCCCAGCUGCUACCCGCCCAUUCAGCUGUUAGAGAUUGAUUUUGCGGAGCUAACCCUGGAGGAGAUCAUCGGCAUUGGGGGCUUUGGGAAAGUUUACCGAGCUUUCUGGGUGGGCGAUGAGGUGGCCGUAAAGGCAGCUCGUCACGACCCUGAUGAGGACAUCAGCCAGACCAUAGAGAACGUUCGCCAAGAGGCCAAGCUCUUUGCCAUGCUGAAGCACCCGAACAUCAUUGCACUCAGAGGGGUGUGCCUGAAGGAACCCAACCUCUGCUUGGUCAUGGAGUUUGCUCGUGGAGGGCCUCUGAACAGAGUAUUGUCUGGGAAGAGGAUUCCCCCGGACAUCCUGGUGAACUGGGCCGUGCAGAUCGCCAGAGGGAUGAACUAUCUACAUGAUGAGGCGAUCGUACCCAUCAUCCACCGAGACCUUAAGUCCAGCAACAUAUUGAUCCUGCAGAAAGUGGAGAAUGGAGACCUGAGUAACAAGAUUCUGAAGAUCACCGACUUUGGGCUGGCACGGGAAUGGCACCGGACCACCAAGAUGAGCGCGGCGGGAACAUAUGCUUGGAUGGCACCUGAAGUCAUCCGUGCUUCCAUGUUUUCCAAAGGCAGCGAUGUGUGGAGCUAUGGUGUACUGCUUUGGGAGCUGUUGACUGGCGAGGUGCCCUUCCGGGGCAUUGAUGGCUUAGCAGUGGCUUACGGUGUGGCCAUGAACAAACUCGCCCUUCCUAUCCCCUCUACAUGUCCAGAGCCUUUUGCCAAACUUAUGGAAGACUGCUGGAAUCCCGACCCCCAUUCGCGCCCGUCUUUCACGAGUAUCCUGGACCAGCUAACGACUAUAGAAGAGUCCGGUUUCUUUGAGAUGCCCAAGGACUCCUUCCACUGCCUGCAGGACGACUGGAAACAUGAGAUUCAGGAGAUGUUUGACCAACUCAGGGCCAAAGAAAAGGAGCUCCGAACCUGGGAGGAGGAGCUGACCCGGGCUGCGCUCCAGCAGAAGAACCAGGAAGAGCUGCUCCGGCGUAGGGAGCAGGAGCUGGCGGAGCGGGAGAUCGACAUCCUGGAGCGAGAGCUCAACAUCAUCAUCCACCAGCUGUGCCAGGAAAAGCCCCGGGUGAAGAAACGCAAGGGCAAGUUCAGGAAGAGCCGGCUGAAACUCAAGGACGGCAACCGCAUCAGCCUCCCCUCCGAUUUCCAGCACAAGUUCACGGUGCAGGCCUCCCCGACCAUGGAUAAAAGGAAGAGUCUGAUCAGCAACCGGUCGAGUCCUCCUGCAAGCCCCACCAUCAUCCCUCGUCUUCGAGCCAUCCAGUUGACACCUGGUGAAAGCAGUAAAACCUGGGGCCGGAGCUCAGUUGUUCCAAAAGAGGAAGGGGAGGAAGAGGAGAAGAGGGCCCCAAAGAAGAAGGGCCGGACAUGGGGACCAGGAACACUUGGGCAGAAAGAGCUCACAUCAGGAGAUGAAGGCUCCCCCCAGAGACGGGAAAAAGCUAAUGGCUUAAGUACCCCAUCAGAGUCUCCACACUUCCACCUGGGCCUCAAGUCCCUGGUAGAUGGAUACAAGCAGUGGUCAUCCAGUGCCCCCAACCUGGGGAAGGGCCCAAGGAGUAGCCCCGCCCUACCUGGGUUCACCAGCCUUAUGGAGAUAGAGGAUGAGGACAGUGAAGGCCCAGGAAGCGGAGAGAAUCAUCUACAGCAUUCACCCAACCAGUCCUACCUCUGUAUCCCGUUUCCUCGCGGCGAGGAUGGGGACGGCCCCUCCAGUGAUGGAGUUCAUGAGGAACCUACCCCAGUCAACUCAGCUACCAGUACCCCUCAGCUGACGCCAACCAACAGCCUCAAGCGCGGUGGGACCCACCACCGGCGCUGUGAGGUGGCUCUGCUUGGAUGUGGAGCUGUUCUGGCAGCCACAGGCCUAGGGUUUGACUUGCUGGAAGCUGGCAAGUGCCAGUUGCUUCCCCCAGAGGAACCUGAGCCACCAGCCCGGGAGGAGAAGAAGAGGCGUGAAGGUCUUUUCCAAAGGGCCAGCCGCCCUCGUCGGAGUACCAGCCCCCCCUCCCGAAAGCUCUUCAAGAAGGAAGAACCAAUGACCUUGCUAGGAGACCCCUCUGCCUCCUUGACACUUCUGUCUCUCUCCUCCAUCUCUGAAUGCAACUCUACCCGCUCCCUACUGCGCUCUGACAGUGAUGAGAUCGUGGUGUAUGAAAUGCCAGUCAGCCCAGUUGAAGCUCCACCCCUAACCCAAUGUACCCACAACCCCCUGGUUAAUGUCCGAGUGGAGCGCUUCAAGAGAGACCCCAACCAGUCCCUGACUCCCACCCAUGUCACCCUCACAGCCCCCACGCAGCCUAGUGGUCACAGGCGGACUCCUUCUGAUGGGGCACUUAAGCCAGCAGCAGCCCCUGCAGUACUAGGCAGCAGGAGCCCCUCCAGCAAUGGAAUGAGUCCCAGUCCUGGAACAGGCAUGUUGAAAACUCCCAGUCCCAGCCGAGACCCAGGUGAAUUUCCCCGUCUCCCUGACCCCAAUGUGGUCUUUCCCCCAACUCCAAGGCGCUGGAACACCCAGCGAGACUCUACCUUAGAGAGACCCAAGACCCUGGAGUUUCUGCCUCGACCUCGUCCUUCUGCCAACCGGCAGCGGCUGGACCCUUGGUGGUUUGUGUCUCCCAGCCAUGCCCGCAGCGCCUCCCCAGCUAACAGCUCCAGCACAGAAACACCCAGCAACCUGGACUCCUGCUUUGCCAGCAGCAGCAGCACUGUGGAAGAGCGGCCUGGACUUCCAGCCCUGCUCCCUUUACAGGCAGGGCCACUGCCCCCUGCUGAGCGGACACUUUUGGACCUGGAUGCUGAGGGGCAGAGCCAGGAUAGCACUGUGCCCCUAUGCAGAGCUGAGCUGAAUGCACACGGGCCUUCCCCAUAUGAGAUCCAACAGGAGUUCUGGUCUUAGUGUAAAAAGGGCCAGGGUGGGCAAGGGAGAAGUCGGAGGAGGCGGAGGGAGCUGGCUGGCACAGCCUGGGAUCCAGACCUCCUCCUUGCACUGAGAAUGCACUUUGAAGAUGGAAGGGAUGGGAGCAGGGCCAGUUCGGAGGGUCUCCUGCCCUGCAGGAUUUUUUCUCCAUGUUCACAAGAGGGGCUGUGUCAGCUCUGGCUGUGUAGAGAGGAGUGUGCGCGUAUGUCCCCACCUUCCGGUCUUCCUUACCUUUUAGGGUGACACUACAGAAUCAUUCAGCCAAAUCCAUCCACUGCCUCUCCUCCUCAGCCAGCCAUAGCUGUCCUUGGGUUCCCUUUGUCAGCCCUGAGUCCUACCUGUUCACACAUCUGUACUGAUGUUCUGUGAUCUGACUUAUCGUCCACUCUUCCUACGACUCAGUGUCACCUUUGGUAUUUGAUGAGUGUCUUGUGUCCUAAGUCCUUCCGUGCUAGCUGAUGGGGAUCGGCUGGCCUUAUGAAGGCCAGAGGGCUUGACAGAUCAGGUACUGCCUACCUGUGCAAAUCUCAAUGGGAACUGAGAGUUCAGAGAAGGAGGAGAGGAGAGGAGGCAGUCAGGAACAGUUCAGUCAGGCUGGGUGGGGAGGCUAAUAGAGUCAGGCCUUGGUUUGGUUUGGGUUUAAGUUUUAGAAACAAAGGCAGAAAUCAGCACCUUUUGCAUGGCAUGGGUUCAGAUCAUGCUUACACCAGGUUUGAAUAUAAGCAGAUUCAUCUCAGGAAUAUCUGUUUGAAAGACACACUCACUGAGCCCAGUUCUGAAGUCAGGAACAAUGCCUGCAUUUGUCUGUCUUGUUGAGCUUCCAUUCUUCCCUCCGGUUCCUGGGCUUUAGGUCAUAUGUGAUUCACAGAGACACCUGAAUUAUGUCAAUAGCAUAUGGGGUUGGGUCCUGGACCAUGAGGUAUGGAACUAUGGGGAUUUCUUCAUUGGACUGUCCAUUUUGUGAUGUCCCUGAAGUAAAUGGAACCCUUAGUAAUAAUGUUUGGGUGCAGUGAGGCAGUAGCAUGAUACAGUUCCUGAGGCGCUCAGUGGCUACUGACACCAUCUCUGUCUCUAUACACAGAGAGCCUUUGUGUUGGGUCCUGCACCAUGAGCUGGGUCGCAAGAGACCAGAGAGGCUAGUGCUGAUGUAUUUAAUAUUUGUUUCUUAAACUUGAAUAUGGAGCUUCAAAGUGUUUUCACCCAUUUUCUUCGCUGUCCAUUCCCUUGAGCCCCCUGUGUUGUGGGUGACAGUAACAGCUUGGUUGAGGUUACAGUCCCCAGUGGUGUUGGAGUCUGUCUACUGGCUCUCCUGUGUUUGCCGCCUGGAUGCCCAGAGGGUUAGAGCGGUACUCAUGGUGUAGGUGACAGAUUUCAUCAGUGCUGUUUCUCUGGGAAGAACAUAUGAGAUGACGUUGGUUCCCACAAGUUCUUUAUGAGCUCAUUUGCCCUUUGUCUUGACCCUGCACCCCCAGUUUCAGACAGGGGAUUGGUGCUGACGGUGUCAGCCAGAGUUUUGCUAUAAUAUCUGAUCUUCCCUCUUGGCUCUGUGAAGUGAGAAUGGAAGAGGUUAACUUUGCCCCCCAUACUCUGACCCCUCACAUAGGAGAGGGGAGCUCGUGAACCCCGUUGUCCCAGCCAACCCAGUGAUGAUGCUCCACUGCUCCAUCUGCACACCUUGCCUGCAUUAAAGCUUUAGGUUAGGCUGCAGCUGGCUCCAGCCUGUGCUCCAGCCCCAAGCAGGGCUUGACUGUAGCCAUCUCUCCAGGAAAGACAUAGUUACAGAUGCAGUGUACACUGAGUGGCUGCUACAGGCCAUUGAGUGACAGGUGGGAUCCAGCUCAUCUCUACCCAACAUUCCGACAGAGGAAGGCCUUGCUAAAGAGAUGAGCAUACCUGAGAGACAUGUAAACUGCUGCAAUGAGUUAGCGUGGGUUAGUGUUGGGGGAGGGGUCUUGUUGAGCUCCACCAAACCUGUGCAGUGCUGGCCCACUGCCUGCCACUCUUCCGUGCGAGUGAGCCUAGAGACGGGAAGAGUGUUAAGAAGUUACCAUUUGUGUGACAUAGGUUCCCAUAUCUGUGGUCAUGGUUAGGACGAGGCUUGGUAGCUGUGAAUAAACCCACUUAAGUGACAGUAGCUUCCCCCUUUCACUUCCCUUUCCUCAAAGACGUGGCUGUCUGCUCGGAGCAUGCGUCCGCUACCUUCAGGCUGCUAGCAGGAUUGGAUACUGUUCUUUUCUGUGAGUCUUCUCAUGCCUUCACUUGCCAGUGCUUAUCCUUAGAGACCCAGGCUGUUGCUGGGAACUGAGGAGAUGCCUCCUUCGCCACUUCCAGCUAUUUCCGGGAAGCUGUCGUGGAUGCUCUUCAUGUGGUGGUCUUUGACAUCCCCGUGACCUUGUAGGCGUCAUAAUAACGAUUGCCUACAUUUGAACAACUCAGAACAGGGAUGUUUUUCCUUCUGACCUUAAAAGAAAAGUGACAUCAUUUUCCUCACAUUCAAUACACUUGUCUCAAAAACAGGAAGACUGACAGACAGACAGAUGCUGUUUGGAUGGUUGAGUCUGGCCAGAGCUCUGAGCCCGGCCCGCCUCCUCGGUUCCUCUUCUCUUGCAUGACUCCGGUCCUGUGUCUUGAUCCCUCUCAGGUUUCCUUCUAAAAGCCUUUAUCAUACACUUCCCUUGCAAGGGCAUUGAGACACUGUGGCUCCCUGCAAGGGCAUUGAGACACUGUGGCUCCCUGCCAGCUCAAGGGCCAGCUCCUUCCCCUGCGCGAUGAAUGUGCUGAAGCUGACAGCAUGGUUCUCACCAUCUUUGCCUCAGGUCAUCUUGCCUUAGUCUUAUCCCUUGGCUUCUGGAAGAUGAGUGAUGUGGAGUUGGUUGAACAUGAUUAAUGGGCACCCAGGCCAGGCGCAUGCUCUCCCACCACUUCAUGAUCAUUUCCUAACUCCCUCCCCCACUUAACCUGAUCAGCUGGAUGUCCUUACCAUUGGUGUCUUACUGAGGAAAUGGGGGCUUGGUGGCAGCAUCUGGGUGGCAGUUUGCUGGCCUCUGCUUUUUGAGGAUCAUCCCGAGGGUCAUAACUUGCUAAGAAUUCGAAAUCAGGUCAGCUCUGGAAUAAUCGUUAGGAAAAGGGUCCCUGGGCGUGGAACAUCACGUGGCAAAGGAUAAUACUCCUCAUAGAAUCCCUUUACCCUCAGGCUGUUGCUCAGGGACAGGAGACUUGGCAGGGUGUCUAGAUCCAACCCUGGCUCCAUGCUGUUGCCCCAUGAGAAGGACCAUUCUUAACUCAUGAAGUUCAUGUCUUCUGCACAUUCUCUUCUUUCCUCUGCUACCCCACCCCAACCCCCAUAGCUGCAUCUCCCACUUGCUAAGCAAGGGCCUACCAAUAUCAAGCUCUGAACAGAGUAAAGAACAGUGGGCCCUGAAGGCUGUGGCUGUGAGUGGACACCUCAGGAUGUAAGUGUCCAGGGGUGCUCCACCACGGGUGCGGAGCCCCCGACUCUUUAUCACGUUUAUUUGAUCAUGUGCCUUUGGAUGGGUGUGUGAGUAAUUGCGUGAUCCGACAGGUCAGAAGCACGCCUUUCUGCCUCUAGAAGGCCUGGGAAAGAGGCAGGGCCCACUGUUGGUGAAGUACUGAACUUCCUCUAAGGACUUGUGUAGACUGGAAUUGAGGUAGAGGUAAGAGUGGCCCUCAGGGAGUUGUGGGUGGCAAGAACCUGGCGACUUCACCUGUCCAUUUUCACGCUGAAGUUUGCCGGUGUGUGGCCCUCAGAAGCCCUCCUGUGAGCUGGGGGUGAUGUUCACCUCUCUGCUUAAGGCCCUAACUUUAAAACCUACCACCUUAGCUAGGUUCUGUGAUGCAUUCCUGGAAGCCCAGCUACUCAGGAGGCUGAGGCAGGGCAAUUGCUUUAGCCUGGGGUGUGAUGUCAGUCUAGGGCAACAUAACAAGGUCCUGUCUCUUAAAUGUGUGGAGCCAGAGCCCCAGCUCCAGCACAGAUGGCUUCACCUUGCAACACUGCUUCCCUUGGUGGAGAAAAGUGAGAAUGUCUGUGACUGGAGGUCAAAGACUAAAGUUGCCCAUUCCGGAAAUAUGGCUCAGUCAUAUAGCACUUGUCCUUGUCCUUGGCUUGACCUGAGAAUGACUUCCUGUUAUGACACAGUUGUUGGAAACACAUUUCCAGAUGGCAAAACAGUAUUUUCCUAGUUCAAAAAUUGCAAUAAAAUCUGCAUAUAGAAGGAGGAAGACCCUUCCCCUUGGACUCUCCCCUGGCAUGGAUACCUGGAGGCUCACCAUCUCUGGUACUUAGUUGGAGGACAGGAACCAGGAGCUGGAAUCUUGUUUGAUUAAGGGAAAUCAAUCCAUAUCUAAUUAGUCAAACCCAGACCUGGGUUCCUUGUUAGGUCUACAAGCCAAGUGUGUUUCUUUUAUUUUUUUCAUGAGCUGCUUCUAGGUAUUCACUGCCUUCUCUAUCCGUUUCUGGUUGCGGACCCUGGAGGCACUGGGGCCUCCCUAAGCUGCUGGAGAAGCGCUGGACUGACUGCAGAGUGCUGGGUUCUCCUGAGCUCUGCACUCAGGUCCUUGAUUUCUUUUCUGCCUUUGUCCCUGCAUCCUCUCCAAGUCUAGAGAUGGAAAAGAGAAGAUCCUGGGAUUGAGAGUACUGACCUGAGCUGGGAGCGCCUUUGGAAACAGGCCCUGCCCUGCCCUGCUCUGACUGACCCUCUAACUGCUCUCCGGGGUGUUUGGGUUGUCAGGUGUGAAUGUGGCAGCAAGAUGGCAUUCCAGGAUGGGAAUAAGAACACAGACCUAGUGUUCAGAGAGCAGCCUUUCCUACCAGGGCAGGAGGGGAGAAGCCCCUCAGGUCAGAAUGGCUGUAAGGGAAACCCUGACAAUGUGAAGACCCCUGAGAAGAGAUACGGCAUGCUUUGUACUCGCUCAAGACCAAAUUUCAAAAGUUCUGUGUUGCCUUCGCUCCUGCCAUCUUUCACACCGCCAUACCUACACAGACAACCUUAGGGCUGAGCACCGACCGUGUCAUGGAUGUUUUUAUUAAUUUUGGCAUUUUAGAAAGUUAUAUUGAAGUAUGGUUUAGCCUUUGAUUACUAAUUUUUUUUUUUACCUCCCUUUGACAUUUGUAUACAAUGCAAGUGCCUUCCCAGCCUGGUAUGGGAUAGGCCCUGCCUAACGUCUGCAGGGGCUCCAGAUGGAGCUGUGCUGUUUGACACAGGGCUUUGUGUUUUAUCCUCAUCACCACCUCAUACCACAAGUUCUAAGUGCUGCUUGUCACCCCCUGGGAGCCCUGGCAUUCGGAUAUGACAGGGCAGCACCCUGUUCCUAUCCUUGGCCCUGUAACUAGGGUGACUUGUCCUUCCUUCAUGUUCUCUGGCUGCCUUUCAGGCUCUCAGAAGCAUUCCAGGAGAAAGCGGUCCUAUAGAGAGAAGCCUGAAGAUUCUCAACUUUAAAUUCUCUGCGAAUUCUAGAAGUAAAUGGACCUCAUUCAUCAGUCUUGGGUCUCGGGACUCUUCUGCUCCCCUGUGUGCUAAGCUUUGCAACCGUUGUCCCCCCACCCCCACCCCUGCACGGCAAACCUUCACACUAUCCACCAGGGUCAGGCUCCCUGCCAUUUCCUGCCUUCAUGGUCACAUCACUCACGCCAUUUAUUCUACCUCCAGUUCCAAGGCCAUGUCUGCUAUGGCUUUUAUUUAUUAUUUUUGUUAUCAUUAUUACUUUGGACAGGGUCUCAUGUAACCCAGACAGGCUUCAAACUUGCUAUAUAGCUAAGGAUGACCUUGGAUGAUCCUCCACCCUCCACUUCCCAGAUGCUAAGAUUAUAGGCGUGUAACUUAGUUUAUUCCUGGCGGAAUAAGAAGAGGGUUUAUCCUGGCCCAGGUGUGGAGCUGAAUGACAGAUUUUAAGAAAAGCUACUAAAUCUUCCACAUAAGGAGGUUCUGUCCAGAAAUGUAUGUGCAUAUAUUUUGUGACUCCUUAUACACUACUCCCCAGAGUUGGUGGGUAUUACCUGCAUCCAAGAAUGUGUGGACAGACUUGGGGUGUUCGUACUGUGUGCCAAGAGUCACAGACCUGGUAAGCAAGUUGCCGAUCUCUCUGCUCUGGCCUGUGAGCACAUUCCUAGACCACUGUUGAAAAGCCUUAGGGUAAAAUUAGUCCAUCUCGGGUCCAUGUCGGUUCUGAAAUCGCCCCUUUCCCAAGGAGUUGUGUCCUCCGGCUGACCUGUGAUCUCCCCGAGCCCAGCAGUCUUCAUCAUUGCUGAUGGUAGCCUUCUCCUUCACCUUUCUCGGUUCUGCAGGGAUGCCAACCUCACUGGGAUGACUGUCUGCCCUGUAGCUCCCCUCCUCCCAGCACCGAGAAGGCCCUGGGUCUCUGCUGUCCGACUUGGAGCUUCCUGAUACUGCUCCUCCACUCUCCUCCGUUCCUAGUUCUUGGAGGUUGGAAGCCUGUUUCAGCUCCUGUCUUCUAGGGAGAUCAGAAUGUUGUCCUUUUGUCGCCUUGAGCCUUGGCACCCAGCAGGCAAAGCAGGAAGGUGUUGAACUCACUAGUGCUCUGCUUCUCCUGGCCCCUCCUGUAUUUCACCUUAGUCCACAGCCGGGCCUCCACAGACAGCGGUCUGAGGCUCUGUUCAAGGUCUCAAGGAAAGGCACUGGACAGGCUUUAGUUUCUGAAAAAGUUGUCUUUGGGGCUUUCUCCUGUUAGGUCCCUUGAGUCUAGAAGGUACAGUGAAAGAUGUUUGUUUUAUUGUUCAGUAUUUAACUACAAGCGUCCUUCCCUGCACCAGUGUCUCCUCUGUGUCCUGAGUCCCUCCUUGAGCUCCUAUUUGCUUUGCAAUUUAAAUUAUUGUGUAUUGUCAGAAGUAUUUAAAGAUGGAAAAGUCCUGAAGGAAGCUUAUUAUCAGGUUAUUUCCUUUGGCCUUUUCUCUUCGUGUCUUUCAAGGUACUGUACAUUGUUGACGGGAUGCCAAGCAGGCUGGGUUCAGUGGCUAAGCCUCCCACUAUUAUAGUGUCAUGCUGAUCUCAGCCUGGUCCCCACACCAGAGCUCUCAGAGACUUGAAUAAAACUGUCA